CGUCAUUUCGUUUGUGAAAUUGUAUUCAAGCUAUACUUUAGACUUACAAAAUUAUUUGUAUCCUUGAACCUCACAAAUGGACAUUUUGAAAAGCUUUACUCGAGAUUUAUUGAUCAUGUCGGUAGUGCUAAAUAAUAUGAAUGUUUCGCAAGCAUUUUGAUAAAUACAUUUAACAUUGUUCCUAAAUAAUAUUUUUUUUGCGUUUCUGGGACAAAUUCAAGAAUGCGUAGAUAGUGGCCUCUACGAAAUAAUUAGACGUAGAAAAUAAUAAAUGGUGUUUAAAGUAAGAAAACAUAAAUAUGGCACAGUUCAAUAGACGCGGUGUAACGUAUAGCGCAUUGAAUAACGAAUUAACUCCACCUUUGGCGGGAUUAGCAGAGAAUGUAAAUGCAGCCCCAACUAUGAUCACGCUAGACCACGAACAUGAAGAUGCAACAAUAGGAAACUUUGUAAUCCACAAAGUACCAAAAAACAAAGGAGGAUGGACUCACAUAGAAGAUUUAGAUUCAUUCUUCACAAGAAUGUACAGAUAUUAUAUACGUGGGGGUUUUUAUCCGAUGAUAAUGUCAGAUCUGUUCUCAUUACUACAGUUCAUAUUUAUUGUGUGGUUUUCUACAUUUCUGGUACACUGUGUAAAUUAUCCAAGAUUGUUUAGGAAUGAUGAUUAUGCAAAUAGAACACGAAAACUCACUUUGGAUGAAGUGUUAUAUUCUUCACAAGAGUGUGUUGAGCGAAUAUCAUGGACUUGGUGGAGUCUGGUGGUAUUGUGUGCCCUAAUAUGGUUCAUGAAGUUAGUUAUAUCAGUUUACCAUCUUUAUUAUGCAUAUGACACAAAAUUAUUUUACAAUAAUGCUCUAAAAAUAAGAGAGAGUGAUUUAGCUUGGGUGAACUGGUCAACUAUUCAAGAUCGUGUGAGAGAAGCUCAGCCAGAGCAUCAUAUGUGCGUCCAUAAACAAGAAAUCAACGAAUUAGAUAUAUAUCAUAGAAUACUCAGGUUUAAUAAUUAUAUGGUGGCAAUGGUAAACAAGAAUCUUCUUCCAUUGCAAAUUAAUAUACCUUGCAUUGGGCAUUUUCACUAUUUAUCAAGAGGUCUGAAAUGGAAUUUGGAGUUUUUAUUAUUUUUUAGCCCUUCUAGUCCUUGGGAGAAUUGUUGGCAACUACGGGAGGUGUAUAAAGAUCAUACGAAUCGAAUGACAUUAGCGCGGCAUCUUGAAAAGCAGAUAAUUCUGUUAGCGUUUAUAAAUCUGCUGCUGGCACCUCUCAUUCAAGCGUGGCAGAUACUUUACUUCUUUUUCAAUUAUGCUGAGUUGAUCAAGCGGUCGCCCGGCUCGCUGGGGCUGCGCACGUGGUCUCUGUACGCGCGCAUCACGCUGCGCCACUUCAACGAGCUGGAGCACGAGCUGCGUGACCGGCUCAACCGCGCGCACAAGCCCGCCACCAAGUACCUGGCCAGCUUCACGUCGCCCAUUACAACGGUGCUCGCCAAAAACGUGGUGUUUUUAUCCGGGAGCGUGCUGGGUGUACUGGUGGUGCUGUCAGUGUACGACGAAGACGUGCUUACCGUGGAGCACGUGCUCACGAUCAUCACCAUCCUGGGGUGCAUACUAGCCGGCGCCAGGGCGUUGAUAGGUGAAGAAGAGCGUCUAGGGGGCGGAUGUACGGGCCCCGCGUGGGGGGAGGAGUUAUUCGUGCAAGUGCUCGGACACGUGCAUUACCUGCCGGCCGCAUGGCGGGGCCGCGCGCACACCAAGGACGUGGCCGCGCACUUCCAGCAGCUGUUUCAGUUCCGUGCGGUAUACAUAAUGUUCGAGCUGCUCAGUCCGUUGUUAUGUCCCCUGGUCCUGUUCUCUAUGCGUUCGCGCGCCCUGGAUAUCGUCGAUUUCUACCGAAACUUCACCGUCAAAGUUCACGGGAUCGGCGACGUAUGCUCCUUUGCUAAGCUGGAUAUCCCUCGACACGGUCAUCCCGACUGGCAAGGUCUUAGAAAAUAUGGCGAAAAACCAAAGGGUGGCAACACUCAGUACAACCAAGGGGAAGGUGGUAAAACGGAGUUGUCUCUGGUUGCGUUCUCGUGCCGGCAUCCGGGCUGGCAACCGGACGAGCCGGCGCAGCGACAGUUCCUGCGCUCCCUUCGCCAGAGUAUGAACCACGCUCUGCCCGUACAUAAUCCCCUGAACAAAACCAUGUUGGGUUCUUAUAUCCAACAAAGUAUAUUCGGUGCUAAUACACCUCUCCCAGCUGUACUAUCGUUUUAUCAACAGCAACGGCAACCGUACAAAUUACCUGAGAUGGACGAGACCAGUGACGAGGAGGAGUCCCCCGGGCCGGGGUCAUCGCACUCUAAUGUUAGGUCCCGGUCUCUGGGGCUCGCCGGCGUGGGGUCGUCGCUAGGGGCCAGCGUGCUAGGGCUGGACGCGCCCGCUGUAUCGCCGCCCAGCGAUGAGACGCGCGACAUGUCAGUCAGCACGCUGCACCUGUACGACCUGCACCUGUCGCAGGCCGGCACGAACGUUUCCGCAUGUUGUACCAACAACUGCAGCGAAAGGCGGCGCGUAGACAACCAAUGGGCCAGCGGCGAAGACACGCCUUUACUCCAUCGACCAUAACACUGGCCCAGACCUCAACGCCCCGUAUGGGUGUAGGUGAAAACACAAUCACAUACAAAAAGGUGUUGUUCUAAUUGGCCACAAUCGUACGUACGUUGACACGAGGCGAACACGUCGUGCGAUGAAAAUAAUGGAAAUAUAUCGAUUGGAGUCAAGUUUCAACGAUUAGACACAUCGUACGAUCGUUAAUAAGCAGCCUGUGCUCGAACGACGGCUUACGAGCUGUAAUUCUGAAGGAACCUGUAUGUUUGUACUCAACGCACGACGGGAACGCAUCGUGUCAUCGUACGAUCUGUGCCAAUUAGGACAACGCCUUAGGCUCCCUAUUGAUUCACAUCCUGCUUUUUCUGCUGUUAUUUUCUCACAAUUGUCACAAUUCUAUUUUGCCCUAAUAAUUGUCACACAUGCAGUAAAGACUCAAUGAAAUGACAUUAUUGUAAAAAAAAUAGUUUUAGUGUUUAAAAUAAAGGUGAAUCGUUAUGAUUUGCAAAAACAUAAACGCAAACAUAGUAUUUAAAGUUACUUAAAAUCAUCGCUAAUUUAAUAAUAAAAAAGUACAAUUUUGGAUUUUACUUAUAUUAUGUAUGUAUAUGUUACUGAAGUCGCUUUUAAAUAAAAAAUAAUCAAAUGUUUAUUUUGAGCAUUAAACUGCUAGAAUUUUAUAUCAAAAAGAAAAGUUUACUAAAUUUAAUAAAUGUUUCCCGUUACAGUCUAGAUAAUCGAGUCCAAACCACAUUGAACAUUUUUUUUAUCCAUAUUUUUCAUCUAACCUAACCUUAAUUCAUUUGCAGGCAGAUAAUACUCUGGCGAAGAGAAAAAUCUUUUCAGUAUGACAAAUAAAAUUAUGACAAAGUAUUAUUAUGCCAAAAAAGUGUUAUACGAAAUGUAAAUAAGCAAUUAAAAAUAUGUGAAUCAAAGGUAUCCUCACAUAAAUAGCCUUACUUACACACCACACAGAACACCUUUAGGUUUUGUGUAGUUUAUUUGUGUCACAAAAAAAAUUCAAACCAAAUGUAACGCUAAUAAGAUACAAUGUGUCCUUUUUUACAAUAAAUGCUAGAGAGAGAAUUAGAGUUAUAAAUAAUGUUAAUUUUUCUUUGACACAGAAUAAUUGGUGACAGUGCAAAUACUGAGGAAAAGCUUAGUCUAUCUUUUUUUAUCACCGAAAACCCUAGUUUAGUUUUGACCAUGGUAUCUAACAACAGUCUCCAAAAUAUAUGGUUUCAUUAUGUCAAUCUUUUCUGGUCGUUCCCAGUAAUCUGGGGUCUUUCCAUAAAGCACAAUGUAAAUCUGCCUUAUUCAGUUGACAUAAAGUAGUUCUAUUAACAUUAUACUGUGUCGUAAUGUUAGUAAUAUUGAAAUAGGAAUGCAAGCCUUUUGCAAUAAGCUCACUGACUCUGACAAGAGAUAAAUUUAUCAGAGCUAAUUUACACACAGCUCUUCUGGAUAAUAUAAAACUGUCAAACACAUACCCAAUUUUUCAACCUUAGUAGUGGGAUUUCAUGCUCAAAAUCGAUUACAAAAUAUUGCCAUUUUUUUAGUUAUCUGAUGUACUGUUAUUUGUACAGAGAGAGAAGUUUUUACUUUACAAAACAAUUAUUAAGACACUGUUACUAGUUGAAUUACGGUUCUGGUUCCCUUUCCUAGCAACAGUUGUUAUUAUAAUCUAAAUGAUAAAAAUAUCUAUGGAACAAAGCUCUAAUAGGCCUUUCUAUUACUAGAAUUUUGAAUAAUGAAUCUGGCUGUUAGAGAGCCUUGAAAAUUGUUACGUAAUUUGCUAUAUCUUUGCAGACAAACGCUCAGUCUCAUGGGCGUCCGUUGGGAAAUUAAAUCAUGAUGUUGAUACAUAGGCAAUAUACUUUUUGUUUAUGUUCAGAAUUCAAGAGCUGUUACGUGUGGAUUGAUGUAGUUCUAAAUAGUUUGUUUUAUUUAAUGUCACAAUAUUCAUACAAAUCGUAAAAUGUAUAUUAUUAAAGUAUUUUUAUUUUAUUAUAUAUAUAAUAAAUCAGACCUAUUUUAAACUUUUUUGGCAAUAAUAGAUAACAUAUUUUGUUAAUAAUUAUAUCUAAUAAAUGAAUAAUUAUUUGAUAAAAAUCUGAGUGCCUAUGUGACAUCACUGGAAGAAAAUUACUAUAUUUAGAAAGGUGGAUUGUUGAAUAAUUCUUCAAUAACAGAGGGGAAAAGCAUGGGAAGCAGUUGGCAUUAUAAAUGAUUUGUAAGCUGUCAUUUACAUAAGACAGUUGCGCUUAUUUAAUUUUUCCACAUGAAAAAUCACAUUAUGUCGCGCAGUAAUUAUGCCACGAUACCAAAAAAUUAAAAAAAACAAUUUCUGUGUAUCGGAUUCGGCCAAAUGGUUAGGAAAAUUUGACAUUUUGAUGAUGUACCAGAAAACAGAAAUACAAUUAUUAUAGACUUGAUCCAAUUGUUUUAGAGUUCACCAGAAUGUCAAAAUUGUGCAAUCGAUUUUGAGCUUUAGCGCUUACAUUGGUAAUCGAUAGGAAAAUUUUGUCGAUAUAGUCUUACUAAUCUAUCCCCCUAGUAUGAGCACCGCGAUAUGUUAUAGAUCGCGUUUUUAUCACGCUCAAAUGUCUAAUUACUAUGAAGUUUGGCAGUUAGACGCGAUAAAAAACGUGAUAUGUCGUAUUUUGUGGUGUUCAUGCUACGGGGACUGAUCGCCGAUUUGUCUAUUACACAAAUCGAGCUAUUUAUGUAGCUAUCUACAAAUUAACGACGUUGGUAAAUAUUAUCUAGACAGAUUUUUCACUGCCACCGUUUGAAAUAAAUUUGAAAUACUUUAAUGUCAAAAACAAGUCUUUUCGUCUAUAUUACCCAAGUUUUUUUUAAAUUAUGCGAGUUACUUGAAAAGGAAGAUCAUUGGUGUGAAUGGUAUAUCUGCUUUCACAAUUAGCUCGCUGUAUUGUAGUGAUACAGAUGUAAUCUAAAAUAUAGUGUUUAUUUCACGAUUUUCCAUUAGAGAUGUCUCUAAUUGUGAAACAUAAUCUCUUGCAAUGAUUUAAUUCAAGAAUUCUUUGAUAAUAAUACUGUAAAUACGUGUUAUAAUAAAUAAAAUACAAUAUAUUUAUAAAGCUAUACGCAAUUUUAUCAAAAUAUAUCCUUUUGCUUUCUGUGUGUGUGGUUCAUGAAUAUAAAUAGGCAUUGAAUGUUUUACCUAUAACUUUUUGGCAGCUAUGAAAAUAUAAUUCAUUCAAAUUUACAAUUGUACUCGAAAUGUCGUGUAAUAUUUGUUAAAUCUAUGUAUUUUAUUGUGAUUUUUUAGUAUAAUAAGAACUUCCUAUCUUUGACAUACGACAUGAUAAAAGAAUUUACGAGUGCGGUUUUAACGACUUUGACGAAACAGACAUAAUACAAACAAUAAUAGUCUGUGCCUGCUCACAUCAUAAAGUAUAUUUUACUCAAAGAAAUUUUUAGGAAAAGUUUUCAUUAAAUACACAUUUUAAACAAAAAAGCGAAAUACGUUAUAUUCUAUCUCAUGUUGUAUAUAUAUAUAUAUAUAUUAUAUAUAUUAUAUAUAUCAUCAUCAUCAUCAUCAGCAAGAGAACUAAAGUCACCGACAUAGCCCACAGAAUUGCAAACCUUAAGUGGCAAUGGGCAGGGCACAUUGCUCGCAGGAUCGAUGGCCGCUGGGGCGGAAAGGUCCUCGAGUGGCGACCGCGUACCGGGAAACGCAGUGUUGGCAGGCCCCCCACAAGGUGGACCGACGAUCUGGUAAAGGUCGCGGGAAGCCGCUGGAUGCGGGCAGCAUGGGACCGAUCGCUGUGGAAAUCCAUGGGGGAGGCCUAUGUCCAACAGUGGACGUCUUUCGGCUAUUAUAUAUAUAUAUAUAUAUAUAUAUAUAUAUAUGGUUGUGCUUUAUUCAUUAAUAAAAUCAUAUAGUAAUGUGUAGAACAUAAAGUUGGCUUAAUUGAAUAUUUCAAUGACAAUUUUUACGUUAAUGAUAAUUAUUCCAUAAGUCAAUAUUGCUAACAACAAAUCUAUGUAUAAGAUCGGAGCAAUAUUAUACAUUAUGCGAGAGAUUUAUCUAUGCAUUGAGAAGUGUAAAGGUUCCAGAUUAUAUGACUAUUGUAACUUGUAUGACUUGUUUUAUAAAUAUGUUAUAUAACAAUAUUGUCAUAUAAUCUGGAAGCACCGAAAUAUAGAAUACAGGUUUCACAAAAACCUUAUAUGGCAUUUCUAUUAACUUAGUUAUGGUAUUUGAUAAACAAUCCCAACUUGUAAUUAAUAUACUAACAUCACAUUGGCUUUAUUUACCUAUUUGAAAAAAGGACCAAUAAAUCACUUUGGUUAAAUGCGAAUAGCCUACAUUCAGGGUACAAAACACAUUGUGCCUUUACAGUGGUUGCCUCAUUUUUGUGACAUAAUAUAACUCGCAGUAACAUAGAAACGAAUUGAAAAUAUCAAUGCAAUACACUCUAUCCCUCUCGCACAUUAUUUCUGACAGGACAUGCGGUAGAGACAUAAUAUUUUACGUCGCCAUUUUCAAUUCGUCUCUUUAUUGGUCCUAGUUAAACAGCUUAAACUGUUUUUAUAAUACAAUAUUACAUAAAACAUUUAGCAAUCAACUACAUAUAUAUUAAGUUCAUCAAGCACUAUCGACCGAUUUAUAUUACUAAAGUCCCUAUGCGCAUGAGAUAGAAUUUGACGAAAGAUACAACAGCAUAGUACACCUAUAAUACGUCUUAUACGCAGCCUCAAUCACCGCACAAUGAGUCUAAUCUUGUAGGGAAUUUCUUAACCUUAAAUUAAAAUGAAGUACCUAUCUCCUUCCAUUUUUGCGUAACCGAGGAUCCGUAACGUUUGCAGAUUGAGAAUGCAGAUUUAUAGAGCUAAGAAUUACAAAAAAUACAGUGGUAAAAUUUCUGUUCUACGACAAAUAUUGACGAAGUUGUCACCAAAUUACUAAACGAAUUUUCGGCUGGCCGCGUGGUGGCUGUGACGUCCCAAAGCUUUAGCGCUCGGGCGUAAGCGUGCGUAGUGACGCUUCUGAAGUUCGACCGGAGUGAACCACGAUCGAGCUGUGUGACGUCACACGUUUCGGCCGCCAUGCGCCAGUGAAUAUUGGCUAUCAUAAAAUUAGUUAUAAAAUCGCAAUAAAUGAACCGAUUUCGAUGAUUUAAAAAAUAUAUUAAUUAAAAAGCUAAUUAGAUCAUUAUACUGUUGAUUUUGAGUUGAUUUGCUGAUCUAGUAACUCUUUACUCAUUAGGCCCAUUAUACGAAGUAUCGAGAUAUUCAAUUAAUCACUUGCAAAGAUUGUAGUCAGGAUAACGUGUAAUAUAGUCGUAAUUUUAACUGUAAGUACUUUAAUGGAUUGUAUUGUCAGUGUCGUAAGGACUUAGCUAGGUGACAUAGCACUGCCUACAGCCUACACUAUAGUGUAUAGAUAGUGUACACUAUAGUGUAGCCUACACUAUAGUAAUAAAAACAUUAUUUAAGCAUCAAUGCAGCAUUAAAUAAUGUUUUUACUAGGUAUGAUGACAACGCACAUCUCUUGAUGCGUUCUAUCGGCUUCUAUUUACGUUGUCCAUGUAUCGCUGUCAUCUGAUAGUGAUACAUGGACAACGUAAAUACAAGCCGAUAGAACGUAUCAAGAGAUGUGCUUGAAUGAAAGAAAAAUGUGUUGUUCAACAGUCUUUAAACCUAUACACAGUCUAUGUCAACUGCAGUUUUACUGCCAAAUUGUAGAUCAGUUGAAGUUCAAAUGCAAUUAAAUCAAAGUGUUUAAACAGUUGAACGUGCAGUUCCUCUAGCGCCUUACAGAUAUACUAUGAUUAAGUAUUCAAGAGAAAUAAAUUAAACUUUCUUUAAAUUAUGAUGUUAUGUAUCAUUAAUCAUUUAUUAAUUGUAUCUACUGUAGUCUCAUUUUUCAGCAGUUUUUUUAAACGAGUAAAUCAUCUAAAGUUGUUGAAAUUUAAAAUUACAUUAAGAAAUUCUAAAUGAUUUGAAGUAUUUAAUAUUCACGUUUUCUAUCUGGUACAACAUAUUUUUGCUUAAUAAAAAAACUAGCCAUCUACAACUAACCAUCAGCAAACAUAAUACAUAAAAAAAGAUAUGUUGACCUGCCGCCUAAGUCUACCUAAGAAGCCUUAAUACUAAUCAUGGCGUCAUCAAAAACAGAAUACUUCAGAACUUAUUUAAUAACUUAAUUUUGUGUAAUGAUCAAUAGAAUAAAUAAUGCCUAACAUUCCCAGUGAUACUUUAAUUGGUAAAUACAAUCAAAACUACAAUGCGAGUAACUUCCCAGGAGAAAAUCAUAUUGUUAUCGUCUAUAUAAGUAAGUUUCUCUCGAGUACUUAUAUUCAAGCGGGUAGAAGCUGUAGCACUAGACAUACAAUUUAUACGAUAUGAUCGAAUACCCUAAGCAUUAAUGUUAAUACUUCAACUUAUGUGUCAAGUAAACUGUAACUAUUUUUUCAUCCUUUAUAAUAUAUAUAUUUCGAACAACUCGCUUAAAAGUUACAAUCCAAGUUACGCUCCAUUUUUCUAGUAGGGCAUGCGACCUACUAGAAAAAUGGAGCGUUUUUAGUUAUUGGGAUGUCAUAAAUUCAAACCAACAAAAACGCGUGGGUAAAAAAAAUUGAGCUAUGUUAAAUUCAUAUUUCAUCUGUUAUGGUAGUUCACGUAAAACAUAUCUUCGUAUUGGCAUAUGAGUUUAGUUUUUAUAACAAGUUAUUUUUUGUCAUAGUACUAUAUUUUUAAAAUCCAAUUUUAGAUAAAAGCCUUGUUGCUCAUACAUAAUAUUUGCAAAUUAUUGCAAGAUUUUAUGAUCUCGUGAUAGUUUUUUUGUGCAGAUUACUAAAAACUAUACAUAUAUAUUUUAUUGACAAAGUAGUAGUACCUAGUGGUCAGAAUGGUGUCAUUUUACAAUAACUAGCAUAAAAUAUGAGUUGUCGACACACAUCUAGAUGGAUUGAAUGUUUGUUUGCAUUCACCAGGAAUCGGAAGUGUAAGCUUAGAUUAAAACAAAAAGAGAAGAUACGGUACGCUCAUGCUAGCAUCAAAUAAAAUAUGUUCCGACUCAACUACAAAUGCAACUCUCACGCACGCAGACUUCUUUAAAUAAACAUUCAAUCGAGCGAGCGAAACAACUGUACGCUUCGGCGAGUCCGCGUCGCUUUGCUUGGUAACUGCGUUUUCUUUUCUCCCUCUAACAAACGGCUGAGCUGUAUUGUUGUCAUUUUCUUGAUAACUAAUGGCGAAAAAGUAAAUAAAGUUAAUGACAAACAGUAAUUUUUGGGGGGAAAAAAUGUUUUCAUAGUUUUACGAAUGAAAAGUGUUGCUGUGAAAUUUGUUAUUUGAUCUUGCAUCAACAAGUUUACCCCUAUCAGUUUCGCGAGGUAAUCAAGUGAUUUAAAUAUUCUCAAAUUAUCCCAAACUACCUUCCUUGCCCGCGCGGAUUUGUACGUCCGUACGUUUAAGGUUAGUGAUAUGACCCUUACUGAAAGGUCUUAAUAUCGGCUCACAAGUUAUUUUAAAUCGGAUAAGUAUUUUCAGAGAUUACCACCUACACCCAAACUUGCUUACAAUAUCAUAAUAACUAAAAUUUUGAUACAAAAUAUAGACUAUGUAAUUUAAUAAAAUUGUGUGCCUGUGUUACAUGCCUUAUUUGUAACAUGUAACUCAUUGAUUGAAUUAAGCUUCAUUAAUAGCUUCCGGAAUGGCUAUUAUGUCCUCGUAGGAUAGUUAAAACUACAAAUGUGAGUCUAAAAGUUAUCUCGUUAUUUUUAUAUAAAUCCCAAUAAACAUGAAAUUAGGGGUAUGAAAGUAGUUCCGUAAUAUUAAUUUCAUCAAAAAUUUCACGUGUUAACGUCACACGCGAAAUUGUUGAUGAAAUUAUUAUCAAGGCACUACUUUCAUGGCACUUAUUUCGUAAUGUAAAUUCGACUGAUUUAAAUCUUCUACAAUAUGUAAAUAGGGUUAACAUUAAAAUCUGAAAACCUUAUUUAUUAUAUGCUUUGGUUCAUCAUUUUUUCAUUCCUUUCAUUAUAAUUAUAGCACUUCCAAACAGACAGUCUAUCUUUUGUCUUCCUAUCUUUUUUAUGUUAUAAGGGUGGCAAAAAAUCAUACGGCCUGCCUGAAAGUAAUUCUUUUUUCAAAUUUCCAAAAAUCCUUUGUAAGUCCUCACAAGUCCACACUUAUUUCUAAGUAAGCUUAAUAAAGAAAACUGCAAAUUUCAUAUGCUUAAGGACUUAACGGUUCUAACAAAGCACGGCUACAAAGCCUAGUUUGGUCGAUCAGUCAGUCAGACAGUUUCAUAUUGUGUUUAUGUGCAUAGAUGUGUUGCAUGGAUGACGCUCACAUUACUGCAAGAACACAGCAGCAAAAUAGUGUUCUUUGGCUUGUGGCUAACUAUUAGUUGCAGAAUAUAAUAUGUUACUAAUAAAUAUUGGUAAUAUUACGUGGCUAUCUACGCACGUCAAAUUAUAUUCACGAUUGCAUAGGCUGAGGCAAUUCAUUUGCACCUGCUAUAGUCCUGAUACGCAUUUCCUCUACAUUCUACCAUAUAAGUUCAUAGUUGAUCCUGCUGUAUAAUUUUGUUUUGAAAUACUCGUAGAAAUUUCUACUUAAUCUGUGAUGAGAUGACCUAUGAUAGCAAACCCGUAUAACAAAGAGAAUGUAAACCGACCUAUAAGUACGGAAUCACAAGGGCACUGUCUUUGUCGACAAUGACUUUAUUAGUAAUAUUAUAUAAAAGAGAAAUUGUAUUUUUAAUAUAUUUCGAUACGUUAGCAGUACUUAUUAAAUCCAUGUAUUUGUGUCGUUACGCAGUGUUAUGACGUGUAAUAUGAUACAAAAAUUAUGGCGUAUUUAAUAACUGUGUAAUUUUAUUAUCAUAAUUGUCUUAAAGUUUACAUUGAACAUGUACAAAUAAAUGUAAAUAGUAACUCUGUCUUAUAUAUAAUAUAUUCAAAGUAAUUUGAUUUUAAUAACGUAAAAAUAUAUUACAAUAAUGAAGCGUGCAUACACAUAAUCUGAUAAUAUGACACUGUAUUGAUUAGCGCACAUAUUUUAUGACUACAUACGUGAUAUCAUAAUGUACCUAUAUUAAGUGGUUAAUAAGGAUUUUAACUCUUGCAACUGAGCUCCUCCGAAGUCAUUGUGACAUUUAAUUGAAGCUAGAUAAAAUUCCCAACAAAUAUUCGUCAUUAGAACAAUAUAUUUCAAUUAUUCCUUACACUUUUCACCAGAAUAUUUUUAAAUUUUAUCAAUAAUGCCUAUUUUAUAUAUAAUUUCUACAAUAAAUAGUUAUACAUUCUGCUAUUUGUAGGUAUUGUCAAAAUGAUAGUGUUAUUGUAGUUCUGCACGGUUGGCCAUAUUUCGUAAAGUUACUGUUUUGAAGAACUAAAAUAAAUGAGUAACUUCACUAUUUCAAAACAUAUUUUAAUUGUGUAUUGAAUGAACCAAAAUAUACCUGUAUUUGCUUAUUUUAUUCGACACAGAGUUACGGUGCGACGAUUCGCCGUUUGGCACAUUUUCGAUAGAAUUGGCAAUUUUCAGAAGUGCAAGUGGAUGAGACCAUAUGCAAUAAUUUUAAUUUAUAUAUAAUUUAAAAUCGUGCCACGACUCGAGUCAAAAGUGCCUUCUGUACCCUUAGUACGAGUUUGAGCUCACGAAAACUAUCAUAGUUUUCGUAAUUGUAAAUUAUGAUUCUAUGUUCAUUUUGGUGAAAAGUAACUAAAUAUACUUAAAAUUUAAUAAGACGCAAAUGAUUUAAUGAUAGAAUUUAAACACAGUUUAUUUGUAUUGAAACGAAAACAAUAAAAUCAGUACCCGUAAUACGGUGCGAGCUCACGAAAACUAUCAUAAUUUUCGUAAUUGUAAAAUUCGUACUAAGGGUACUGAUCAUGUCCUUAUACCAGAAUAGCAUGAAUGUCGCAUGCGUCCAUGCGAGAUGUGACCACGUGUGACGUCGCAUCGCAUCUCUAGCUGCCAUUUAUUUAUGAUUAUGACACAUUCUUAGAAACCCGUGCGAAUGGUGCGUCAUAAAUUUAUUGGAAUCAUUUAAUAAAUGUCAUUUGUAAAGUGAUAAAAUUGAAAACUAGUCCAUUGGUGUGUUGCCCCUUUUUUUCAUUAAGUACUUAUGACUAGUUUUACGCUUUUGAAAUUGUGGUGGUGUAACAUAUCAAUGCACCUGUCUUCGCUCGAUGGCAACAUGAUAUUUUUGUUAUUGCUGUUUUGAAAUGUUGUAGUUGCUGGUGUAUUUUUGCUAGCGUAAUACAUCUUCCUACUUAAAUAUACUAUAUUCACGGAAACGAGUUGAUACCGAAUAUAUAAAGCUCUUUGGUCAUUGGCCGGAGUAAUGACGUUUGUAUGUCGUUACACCGGCUAAUGCCUGUUGUAAGCGACUAUGUGAUAAAAUAGCGCUUCAUUAACUCAUUUCUGUGAAGAGUAUAAUACCAAUAUAUCAACUACUACUAAUGUAUAAUAGUAGUUGAUAUUUUGGUCAAAAUUAUGUAUGAAAGCUAUGUAUAAUUUAGACCCGAAACUCUUAAUGUGUUCACUUGUUAUUGUGCCAUCGUAUACAGGCACGUAUAAGAACAAUUUUUAACCAUUAUCAAUAAAUUAUUCUACUAUAGAAAUUAGCGCGUGGAAUAUGAUCAAUAGGGGUGAUGACGGGGUAUAGUAAACGAAAUUCUAUUUAGUCCGUCAGUUAGAUAAUCAAAAAGUAAUGGACACGUAUUUUUUCUUUGGGCAAUCAACCAAAAAAUGACAGUUAUAGCGCGUCAAAGUUUGGGAGUAGGGGCUCGUGACGUCACUUUUGAGUGAAUUUUCCCUUAUAAGUGUACUCAAACGUGACGUCAUGCGACUUUUCAAAUCAAUAUAUCUCUGCAAUGCUGUUAUUAUGUGAAAAAAGAAAAAAUACGUGUCCAAUACUUUUUGAUAAUCUACCCGAUAAACGAAGAAAAAAAAAUUAGUCAUCAUCCCUAUUAGUAGGUACAUGAUACAUUUGAUAUUAGAUGUAAAAAAAGGACAAAAUCUUUCAAUAAAAAUAAAUGGUUUUGAUCUAAUUUUUUAGUUAGGUAUUUGUUUUAAAAUAAAGUCUUGUGGGCCUUAAACAAGCACAAUAUGUUUUUGGAUGCUUAUCUAUGUUGUCCUGAGAUGAGGUAAACUUGACGAUGACGUCAUCUUUUCGUAAGUUAUCUCGAAAUUUUGUUUUCAUUGAUAUUAUAAUUUCUGUGUGCCAUUUUUCCACCAAAAUGUGCGUAAUAGUAAAAAAGAGAGUGUCAACAUUUUAGAAUGAAUGAAAAUUACUUUUAUUGCGCAAAAUGAUAACUUUAUGAAUUGGUAAUGGUAUCGGUUAACUGGCGUCGUGCAACAUAAUUAAUUUAUAGAUAGUUUUAUCGCCUCGUGUGCAAUUCGUUUGCCACUAGCUUUUUUCUGUGUCAUCUUCUUCAAAAGAAUUUUGAUACCAAAAGUAAUAUUUGUAAUAAUAAUUUAUAAGUCUAUUUUCAUCAUAAUAAUAAUAUUUUUUUAAACGAACAAUUCAUAGUAACAAUAUUUUCUUACAUCACCAAACGUUGACCGGUAAUAUUUUUUCUUAACCAAAUUUGUAAAUAUUUAGUUCAAUUUUAUAAAUAAGUACCUAUUCGGAUGUAAGUGUCUUGUGAUAUCAUUUUAUUUUUGUCAAAAUGUGUUGUAUUAAGUUUAGAUAGUUAUUUUCUUAGCGCAAGUUUUAAGUUUUGAUAUUUUUUUGAAAUACGAACUACUAAUUUUUGAAAUGUGAGUACCUACCAUAAUGACUUUGCUGUAUUCAUGAUAAAGUAAAUAAAAAUGAAUGAAAGAAUAA